UGUAUGAAAGAGGUUAUGAUUGCUAGCGACGUGCGGAAGUUAGCUGCUUUCCUUUACUCGGCUCAAACAACUCGCAACAGCCAGUUGCGAACUCUGUCAUAGGAUUAGCUGUUUGGCUAUCAGGCGCCUCCGGACUCAGAAGAGUUAGUGGGGCCGCAUGGACUCCGACGCCAUGUAAAUGCUCAUGCUCACAAUUUUCUUCCAAGCGUACAGACGCCAUACUCGUUCAUAGCACUUCGGUGACAUUGCAUUGCAAAGAUGAAGCCCCCACGGCAGAAAACCAAAGUGCUGGUGCGCAAGCUGCCUCCUGCAAUGUCAGAGGACACGUUCAAGAGCGUCCUUGACAGCGUGGCAGCAGGACGCUAUAAUUGGCUGUCAUAUUAUGCUGGUAAAGUCAGUCUGAAGCGCGUGGCGUCCUCUCGCGCCUACAUCAAUUUCGUUUCCGAGGAGGACGUCUACAACUUUAAGCAGCGCUUUGAUGGACACGUUUUUAUCAGCCGGCAGGGCAACCAGUACCGGUGCGCUGUGGAGUACGCGCCGCUGCAGAAGAUGCCCACGCUGGAGGCCAAGCCGCACCCGCUGGAGGGCACCAUAGACCAGGAUCCCGACUUCCUCGCAUUUGCGGAGGCCCUGGAGUCCGGCGCGCCCAUGCCCGGCGGCAUCACGCCCGCGGCCGCCGUCGCGGCGCGCGCAACCGACCUGCCCACCGCCGCGGCCGCAGCCGCGGCCGCGGCCGCGAACGGCGAGUCGGGCGGCCGCGUAUCCCGCCUGAUGGCCUACCUGGCCUCAAAGUAUGCGGAGGGCGGCAGCCGGCUGGGCGCCACGCGCGGCAGCAAGGCCAAGCAGGGCCGGCAAGACAAGUCGGAGCUGUACCAGUCGGCACAGCAGGAGAGCGGGGCCGAGGGCAGGGGCGGGCGGGCGGGGCGCGGCUCCAAGGCAAGCGCGCAGGCCGCGGCGGCGGCAGCCAGCGCCGCCAUUUCGGCAGUGGCGGGCAUCCUGGGUGGGGAGGCAGGCGGCGGUGGGAAGGGCCGCCGCGAGCAGAGCGGGCGACAGGGCAAGGGGCAGCAGGCGCCCGCCGGCGCGGAGGCGGAGGCGGCGACCGCCGGGAGGGGCAAAGCGUCCGGGAAGAAUGGCAAGGCUGCGGCAGCUGCAGCAGCUGCAGCGGCGGCCGUUUCGCUCGAGGAGGCGGGGCACGAGGCGCACGAGCCGCGGGAGCGGGGUGCGGGGAGGCACGGCAAGGGGCGCGAGCGGGAGCCGCGGGGUGCGCCGGCUGCAGCAGCAGCUGACGCCGACGCAACAGCUGCCGGGCCAUCUUCGUCGUCCCGGGGGGAGCGUGGUGCUAAGGGGGAGCGCAGCGGGAAGGGCGCCCGCAACGCCAAGGCGGCGGCGGUGGCUAGCCUGCUUGGUGACGACGAGGGGCCCGCGCCGUCACAGCAGCAGCCGCUGGUGGUGCGGCCGCAGCCAACGGCGGCACCAAAACUGCUCCUGAUGAAGGGCGGCGCGCGUACGACACAGGUGGCCGCACAGCCGGCCGACGCAGAGGCCGGACCCGCCGUGACAGCCGCGGAGAAGCCUGGGCGGAAGGAGCCGCGUGGUCACAGGCAGGACUCGGGCGCAGCACAGGAGCCGGUGGCGUCGGCGGCGUACCCGCAGCCGGAGAAAAAGCAGGUGAAGCAGCAGCGGCCGCCAAAACAGGCGGCAGGAGGGGCGGCAGGAGGGGCAGCAGCAGGGGUACCGGCGGGGCUGGCGGUGGCCGGGCCUGCCGACACUGCGGCCGCGAGGCCGGCAGCACCUGAGCCGGCGAAGGGGAGGCCGGCGCGUGGCGCCUCCGCAAAGGCGGCGGCCGCGCCUGCGUCUGCUGCGACUGCAGACCAAGCGGCACCGACGGCGUCAGGGAGGGGCGCGGGUAGCAGUGCAGCGGUGGCGGGCGGCGGCGGCGGCGGCGGCACGGAUGGCGACCUGGCGGCGGCGGCCGCUGCUGCCGCGGCGGCGGCGAUCGCCGCGUCGAGCGGCAAGAAGGUGCGGGCCGGCUUUCAGAUGUAUGUGCCCGGCUCGCUGCGGAGGGGCGGAGGAGGUGGUGGCAGCGCGAACGGAUGAAGGGCGUCGGGAGCAAGUGGCUCUAUGGAAUACACACAGGCAGCACCACGGCACAUCAGUGUGUCAGGGAACCCGUACAAAGACGGGUCGUACUGCCGGCCGUGGGCCUCAGCGUACCGCACGCCGUGAUCGCGCCAGCCUUGCGUGGAGGCAUCGUAGCGGUUGGCGCCAAUGCACAGUGGGGCAGAUGGCCGCUCGCCCUGAUGCAAGACAGACGGGGCCAUGCAGCAGGCCAGUGCACGCACGCCGGGCUGCAACACAGCGAUGCAGGCAAUUAUGUAAGGCUGCAACGGGCAGUGCGGUAUUGUACGGUCGUGAUUGCGGAGCAUUAGCUUAGGGCAGGCCUGGCAGCGCUUGCUGGGGGACUAGCGUGGUCCAACCGGGGAUGCCUGGGUCGUUUGCUGGCAAGGAGCAGUGACAUCCGAACCGGCUUCAGGAGCGUCUACUUGGGAGCGAUGAGCAGUUGUGCUGAGUGUUUGUGGUGAUGUGCGGAAUGACACCAGAUGGAUGCACCGCACAGAGUUGUGGACACUGCGUUGGCGUCUGCUUGCGCGGCUGUAAGAAGACAGCCGA